UAAACAACAAAAUACGUCACUGGGAUGCGCGGCAAAGCGGUAGCAGUAAAUAAAAAAGCCGUGUUCCGCGUCCUUACACGGAUUAUAUCUUCCGUGUAUUUUAAAACGCUGGCUUGCUUUUUUUCAGCCUCAUAUGAAUCCAUGUUAAAGUGACAUGUUACCUCUUUCUUCCUCUCUCGUCAAAUCGGGCGACGACUAAAGAGCAUUUUUAAACGGCUUCGAUACUCAUGAGAGCCAACGUUAGCUAGCUGGAGGAAAAUCACCCAGGUGUUUCGAUUUAAGGAUUUUGACAUAAAACAUGACAACUCUAACGAGGCAAGACCUCAAUUUUGGACAAGUGGUUGCUGACAUCCUGUGUGAGUUCCUGGAAGUCGCUAUUCAUCUCAUCCUGUAUGUCCGCGAAGUUUAUCCCUCUGGGAUAUUUCAGAAGCGAAAGAAAUACAACGUACCUGUGCAGAUGUCAUGUCACCCAGAGUUGAAUCAGUAUAUUCAAGACACGUUACAUUGUGUGAAGCCGCUCAUAGAGAAGAAUGAUGCAGAAAAGGUGGUAGUAGUCAUCAUGGACAAGGAGCAUCAUCCAGUAGAGAGAUUUGUGUUUGAGAUUUUUCAACCUACGCUGCUGUCCAUCAGCUCAGACACAUUACUGUCUCACGUGGAGCAGCUACUGAGGGCAUUCAUCCUGAAGAUCAGUGUGUGUGAUGCUGUUUUAAAUAACAACCCACCAGGGUGUUCUUUUACAGUACUAGUACACACCAGAGAUGCUGCUACACGCAACAUGGAGAAAGUUCAAGUCAUUAAGGAUUUUCCAUGGAUAGUCGCUGAUGAGCAGGAAGUUCACAUGCAGGAGCCUCGACUCAUUCCACUGAAGACCAUGACAUCUGACAUAGUAAAAAUGCAGCUAUAUGUGGAGGAGAGAGCCCAGAAAACAUAGGUGCUAACUUUACAGAGAUGAUUAAUACUGCGGCACAAGCUAACCUGUAACAACAGGGACUCCUGAACAGAAAAUUGAGAUGAGUUUUUGUAAACAUAGUGUGUCUUAAGAUGUUCCAUGUGGAAUGUGUUUAUGUGCUACAUUAAUCUACUGCAAGAGGUGUCAGCCCCGAUAAAUCAUCAGUCUGUAUCAGAAUUGAUUAUAUUCCAUUCCAUGCACGAACAUGGAUCUGUUUUUACUGAAAUGCAUUGUAAAAUUUUGUGUAACAUGAAAUCAUUGUUACUGUUCCCCUGCAUGGUCACACCAAAAAUUUAUUUGAGGACUACUUUUGUAUUACCUUGCUUUAAUGGUUGCAAAUUUGUGGAAAAAAUUGCUGGGUUCAUUUGUUUGUUGCCCAUUACCUGUUACCACAGGGAGAACAUGCAGACUGCAAAUGCACAGCCUUCUAGUUGUAAGUCAUCAGCUGUAACUGCUGUGCUCAUUGUCAUGUAAAAGACUGCUGCUGGUUGUGACUAGAGUGAGAAUCUGUGCACAGUCAGCUGUGGCUUGUCAAGCACAGGUGUGCUGCACCCUUGUAUUUAACCAGGAAACUAGAAGAACUGGUUCACCAGCUGCCUCAUUAACCACUGUAAUGUUUGUCAUUCCAGCAGUCUGACAAUAGUAGAGCUGCCUUGUUAUGAUUCUGGCUGGUUUGCUUGUAAUGGUUGUAACAUUAUACAUACAGCAGUUGCGUGUUUGUGACAAUGGUUUUGCUAGUUAAGCAUUUCAUUGACAUUAUCCUGCGGUAGUGUUGAUAACCUAUCUGAAGAAGCACCGCUGAUUUAAGAUGUAUUACAGCUGGGUGUAUCCAUUUCAUUGUAGAUUAAACCACCAUAGCAGCUGAAGUCCCAACAAUAAACAUGUCCAACCACAACUUCAGCUCUGCAAGAAGUGCCCCGAUGGGGUUCGGGGGUUAAGUGCCUUGUUUAAAGGAGCUUCAGCCAUGGGAGGGGCUGCACAUUUACCUUACCCUCUCACAUUUAACUAAUAUGAUUAAAAUGGAUUAAGGUAAUCAUAUUGUAGUCCUCAAAGAAAUCUUCACAUUAACGUUAAGAGCGCUUGAUGAAAUAUAACUUUGAGAGUAAAAUUCAAGAAGAAAGUAGAGCAGUAUAAUGAUAUGAUAGCUAUCAUCUGGGCUUUCCGUCUACAGACAUGUACCUGUGUUAUACUGUUACUGUAAGGCAUUGAUCACUCUAUAAAUUGUAUUUCUAAUGACCCCCAUAGAGAGGGUGACUUUACUUCUAUGCAGGGGUCAGAGGCCAGCUCAUCUCAUCUAAGUCUAUAUGUUUGCAUGAGUGCUUGUGCACUAAAGGGGUCUUAGUGUAUACAUUUGCAAUAAUGUCCCUGUUCACUUUUGUGUGACAAGGUGCAAAGUUAUGACGUUGCAUCUUUUACUGCUCAUAGUAAUGUGAUUACUCAUGUGAAAGCCUAUUAAAUAAAGAAAAGCAUUUAUUAAAGCAACAGCACCAGAAGGCUUGGUCAUAGUAUGAAUUGCAGUGUGAAUGUAGUAGAAUGACUCUUUGUAAUAAGCUCAGUCAACACUAAGGUACUCACUAAAGAUUACAUGUUCUAACUUUUAGUUUUCCAACUAGCUGCUUGUGGGUCGCUAUUUUCACUCAAGAAGAUGAUGUGUUUUCCUGCCAGGCAUCUGAUUGUUAAGUAGUACUGCCUGAAUGUUAUAUUAACAAAAUAAAAUCUUUAGAAUUAGUAAUAACUGAAUUAUGUUUAAAAACAGUCAAUAAACUGCAGCUGUUUUCUCAAAGGCUUCGGAGGACGUCAGACCACUUCAAAGUGCACAUAAAAAUCUGCACUUCCUGUGUUUGCUAUUCCUCACCUAAUUUUAGGAAAUCCUUUUGCAGGUGCUUUAACAGUUUGCAGUGAUGUGGCAGCCAGAAGAGCUCAGCUCACUGUAACUUUAGACUAGUGAGACUAAUAACCUGAUUAUUGUCUCUUACACUUGUCUUUCCAAUGACACUGGGUCUCUAGCAGAUGAAUUCUGAAGUGUCUACUCUGAUUCAGGUAAAUAUACAGUGCAGAUGGACGAUGACCCACAAUCAUAUUGUGCAACCAACUCAGGAGUUUUUGAAGAUGAAGAAGUGGGAUAUUCUGUAAUGACUGAGUCAGUCACCUUAUCUAAUCUUGAUGGAGCUGAUGACACAAAUAACAACAGAAACACAGCAACCCAGUCACAGCUGAAGACGAGCAUAGUAAAGGCCUGACAAAGGAUCACUAAUAACCAAUAAUUUAAUAUAUUUAUUUCAUUUUAUUUAUGACCCACUUGUUUAGUUCAAUCACUACCGAGUCCCUAAAAAUAGGACUGUUUUCAAAAGUGGUUCCUAAACAUCUCAUGUGGUAUUUUUGUUUAUUGAUUUAACCCUCCUACUACUUUCAGUUUUCAUCAUUGGUGCCAAGAACAAUUAUCAACACAACACAACAAUGACAUACUACGUCAGGGCCAUUGUCCAUGUUAGUGUCUCCGUCAAAUUAGGAAAAGCCAUUUAAUAUGGAGCCAAAAAAAGAGUUAAUAAUAUAGUUAAAGACGUUAAAUGCUGAAUGGGGACAAAUUGACCGCAAAGAUAAUAGUUUGUUUUUUAAACCUGUAUUAAUUCUAUAAAUGUAACCUGAAAUAACAAAAACUGCAUCAGGUCCUGGUGGCCCUAACAAUAUAUGCAUUCAACAGCUUUUAGUGGGACUGUUUGCAGGAAAAAAAAACAACACUGUUUUAACAAAGCAUCCGCUUUUAUUGCGAUUAUGUUGAGGCUGAUGUUAUUGUAACAUGCCAGCGUUGGUUCAAGCACCACAGUUUGUGUGUGAAGCUGAACUCACUUAAAAUCUGGAAAUGCUUUAGUUUGAUGUGGCUGUUUGAAUUAAUGAGCAGACUGACAUGAUUAAGUUAAAAGCCUCACGCACAAGUUUAUUAAGAGCUUACAAAGAAUGCAGCCUGUUCUGAUCUGUUUGUGAUACAGAGGAAUAUAUGACGAAUAAUUAUGAACUGUAAUAAAACUAGGGCAUGCAAUUCAUGUCAAAUCAGCAGUGCUUACAAAAAAAAAAGAAAUGUGAAAUAUAUCAAUUAUUUAGACAUACUGAUUUCAAGGAUUAACUGAUUACAAUGGAUUUUUUUAAUCUUUUGAAAUGAUUAAAUUUCACAGGCUGACAAAA